UGAUGUCAUGGUCAGUGUCACUUCCUGCUCAAUCUAGUUCUUCUGAAUUCUGCUGAAUCUUAAUCUUCACUGAAUGUUCUGGAAAACCUACAAUGUUUUCUGAUAUGAUGCCUGCUAAAAUAUUCUCCUGUAUGUGGGUUUACACUGCGUUUUUCAUCAGCGUGAAAGAUCUUGUAAAUGGUGGGUGGGAUGAGCUCAAGACUGUGAUGAAGGGAGAAGUUGUCACUCUGCAAACAGGAGCUACUGGCCUACAGAGAGAUGCUGAAGUAAUGUGGCUGUUUGAAAUUGGAGAUCAAACUAGUCGUAUAGCACAGCUGUAUAAAGGAACAGUAUUCACUCAUUAUGAAGCUAGACUCGUCAACAGACUAAAGCUGGACAGAGAAACUGGAUCACUGACUACCUGGAACAUCAGCACCAGGGAAUCUGGACUUUAUGAAGUCACCAUCAGUGGAUUCAUGCCAGAGAGGACGUUCAAAGUUGAUGUUUAUGAGCCAGUUUCUGUACCUGCCAUCAGAAUUAGCUCAUGGGUGGCUCACCCAAAUCAAGAACUCUGCUCUGUGCUCUGCUCUGUAAAAAAUGAACAAGACGUGUCCAUCUCAUGGUAUAAAGGGGGUGAAAUUGUGAACCAGACCACCAAUCCAGAUCUCAGCAUGAAGCUGAAUUUACCAUUAGAGCUCCUUUAUACUGAUGCAGAGGACUACAGCUGCACGGCUGCAAAUCCAGUGAGCAAUAAGACCAUCCAUCUACACAUCAAAGAGAUCUGCCCAUCACAUGAAGAUUGUCCGGAGUAUUGUGGUGUCACUGAGGUUCUGAUUCGAUUGGUUCUGUCCGGUCUAGUGGGAUUUGGCAUUGUUGUUUUUCUGGUUGAGCACAUGAUGUUGUGCUUAACUCAAGGAAGAGAUCAGUCGGUUUGCUAAAGGCACUGUCAUGGUAGGUUCUAUAAGGGUAUGUGCAGCACCAAAUAAAAUGACAAAAUCACUACAAUAGCAGGCUGGACAGAGAGCGUUUAUUUAGUGUGGAAAAAAUGAAAUUAGGAUGUGCAAGCAUAAUUGUUAGAAUUGUUUCAAAAGUUCCUUUAAGACAACUCAUUUCAAUCAGCGUCCAUCACCUCUCUGGCAACCUUUCAGUCAUGCAAGUACAGCGCCUAUCUCUUCGAACAUCAAAUUCUCUAAAGCUGUUCACGAAGCUUAUGAUUAAAUUUAAUUUGAAAUCACCAAUGAAUGUUGUUUCUUAUGUUGAAAUAGCAAUGAAUAUGAUUAUUAUUGUUAUUUUUUGCCCAUUGCAUUUUCUCCCAUUCAUAAUGGUGUGUGUACACCAUAAGCGACUUCAUUUCAU